AUGUCGGCAAAGGCAUACCUCCUCGAGGCGCCCACAGUGGCGACCACCAAGCCCCCGGUUGCGUUCACGCAGCCAGCCGCGCGCCUGGCGCAGGUGAACCUGUCCCACGUCAACGUGUCCGACUCCGCCGAGCACAUCGCUGACGCGGUGGAGGCGGCGCUGGCGCGUGCGGAGAGCCUGAACCCGUGGCUUCUGACGUGCAAGCUUAGCGGGCUUCUUCUGCUGAACGCCGACUGGGCGUCGGUCAAGGAGUGGAUCCGCGAGCGCGCGGUCAAGGAGGUCAGCGUGGGCAGUAUCAGCGGUGUGCUGAAGACAUUCCUGGUGGAGCCGUUUGUGCCGCACCCGCAGGACGUCGAGUACUACGUGUGCAUCCAGUCGCACCGCGAGGGCGACGAGAUUCUGUUCACGCACGAGGGUGGCAUUGACAUUGGCGAUGUUGACGCCAAGGCAUUGCGGCUGGCGAUCCCGAUCGACCAGCAGCUGCCUGUGGACAGGAUCUCGCAGGCACUGCUGGCGGACAUCAAGAGCGAGACGCAGCUCUACGUGGACCUGAACUUCACGUACCUGGAGAUCAACCCCCUGGUGGUGCUGGAGGUGGAGGGCUCGGCGCCGCAGGUGAUCUAUCUUGAUCUGGCGGCCAAGCUUGAUCAGACCGCGGAGUUUGAGUCUGGCGACAAGUGGGCACGGGCACGGUCAGACGCCACCCUGUAUGGCCUGAGUGGCAAGGCGGCGGAGGUGGGCCCGGCGAUGGAGUUCCCGGCGCCCUUCGGCCGCGAGCUGAGCAAGGAAGAGGCGUAUGUGGCGGAGUUGGACGCCAAGACUGGCGCGUCGCUGAAGCUGACGAUCCUCAACAAGAACGGGCGUGUCUGGACGAUGGUCGCCGGAGGCGGCGCCAGCGUGGUCUACUCGGACGCCAUCGCGGCUCUGGGCUUUGCCCACGAGCUGGCCAACUAUGGCGAGUACUCGGGCGCCCCCUCGGAGACGCAGACAUACGAGUAUGCCAAGACCAUCCUGGACCUGAUGACGCGCACGCCGCACCCCGACGGCAAGGUGCUUAUCAUCGGCGGUGGCAUUGCCAACUUCACCAACGUGGCGACGACCUUCAAGGGCAUUAUCCGGGCGCUCAAGGAGUACAAGCAGGCGCUGAUUGCCAACAACGUGCGGGUGUUUGUGCGUCGUGCUGGCCCCAACUGGCAGGAGGGUCUGCGGGCUAUGCGCGAGCUCGGCGAGACGCUGGGCGUGGAGAUCCGCGUGUAUGGUCCCGAGACGCAUAUUACGGCGAUUGUGCCGCUGGCGCUGGGCAAGGCCUCGGCUGGAGCCACGGGUGCUGGGUUCAAGGACCAGCUGGUCAAGCAGAUCCCCGAUUCGGUCGCUGGCAGCACACCGGGCACGCCUGGGCAGAUGGACGUGGAUCCGCUGCGCUCGGCCACCUCAGCCGCCCCCACCCCGGCGGUACCGCAGCCAGCGCCUGCCCCGGUAGCUUCUGGCGAGGCAGCCCCGUGGUACUCGCCGUUCACAGCCAACACUCGUGCGAUCGUCUACGGCAUGCAGCCGCGUGCAGUGCAGGGCAUGCUUGACUUUGACUUUAUCUGCAAGCGCAAGGUGCCGUCGGUGGCCUGCAUGGUGUAUCCGUUUGGCGGAAACCACGUGCAAAAGUUCUACUGGGGCACGCAGGAGACGCUUCUGCCGGUGUUUGCGUCGCUGAAGGAGGCUGUCAAGCGGUUCCCGGACGCCGAUGUGGUCGUCAACUUCGCCUCGUGCCGGUCUGUGUUCGAGUCGACCAAGGAGAUGCUGCAGUACCAGCAGAUCCGCACCGUCGCCAUCAUCGCCGAGGGAGUGCCCGAGCGGCACACGCGCAAGCUGAUCGACCUGUCGCAGAAGGCUGGCGUGACGCUGAUCGGCCCGGCUACUGUCGGCGGCAUCAAGCCCGGGUGCUUCAAGAUCGGUAACACCGGCGGUAUGAUGGACAACAUUGCGUCGUCCAAGCUGUACCGUCCCGGAUCGGUCGCGUAUGUGUCCAAGUCGGGCGGCAUGUCGAAUGAGCUGAACAACAUCGUCGCACGCACCACCGAUGGCGUCUACGAGGGCGUGGCGAUCGGCGGCGACCGGUACCCUGGAACGACGUUCCUGGACCACAUGCUGCGGUACGAGGCUGACCCGGGCUGCAAGAUGCUUCUCUUGCUGGGCGAGGUCGGUGGAGUCGAGGAGUACAAGGUGGCGGAGGCCGUGCGCAACAAGAAGAUCACGAAGCCUGUGGUCGCCUGGUGCAUUGGCACCUGCGCUGGCAUGUUCGAGACCGAGGUGCAGUUUGGCCACGCCGGAGCGCUGGCCAACUCGGACAGCGAGACGGCCGAGGCCAAGAACGCUGCCAUGCGGGCAGCUGGCAUCCACGUGCCCGACACCUUCGAGGCACUGCCGGCACUGCUGAACCAGGUGUACUCGGAGCUGGUGCAGCAGGCCAUCAUUGUGCCCAAGCCCGAGCCCGAGGCGCCCAAGAUCCCGAUUGACUACGCGUGGGCCCAGGAGCUCGGCCUGGUGCGCAAGCCGGCGUCGUUCGUCUCGACCAUCUGCGACGACCGCGGCCAAGAGCUUUUGUACGCGGGCAUGCGCAUCUCGGAUGUCUUCAAGGAGGACAUUGGCAUUGGCGGUGUGCUGUCGCUUCCUGUGAUGGUUCUGAUGCUGACUGCCGACCACGGCCCGGCCGUCUCGGGCGCCCACAACACCAUCGACCUGAUCUCCUCGCUGUGCUCCGGCCUGCUGACCAUCGGCGACCGGUUCGGCGGAGCCCUCGACGGAGCCGCCGACUUGUUCUCCGGCGCGUACGACAAGGGUCUGACGCCGCGCGAGUUCGUCGACUCGAUGCGCAAGCAGAACAAGCUGAUUCUGGGCAUUGGCCACAAGAUCAAGUCGCGCACCAACCCGGAUCUCCGCGUCACCAUCAUCACCGAGUUCGCCCGCAAGAACUUCCCGGCCACGCCCACCCUCGACUACGCGCUGGCCGUCGAGUCCAUUACCACGGCCAAGAAGGACAACCUGAUCCUCAACGUGGACGGUGCUAUUGGCGUGCUGUUUGUUGAUCUGCUCAGGCACUCGGGCGCCUUCUCGCGCGAGGAGGCCGAGGAGUAUGCCCGCAUCGGCACCCUCAACGGCCUGUUCGUGCUGGGCCGCUCCAUUGGCUUCAUUGGCCAUUACCUUGACCAGAAGCGCCUCAAGCAGGGCCUGUACCGCCACCCGUGGGACGACAUCUCGUACCUUAACCCGGCAGCCGUCCAGGGCGGGAUGGGAUGGGGGACGAUCCGCCUGUUUUUUGCGACUUGUGAGUUGGAAUUGUUUGGGUCUGCCAGGAUGGGCGUGCUCUUUCUAGCAAGCGAAAGAGAAACAAUAAUUGUGAACGACCUCGAGACGAUCAGUUCCUAUGUUCCUUUCAUGUCUCUUCAAAACGACAACACAAAAAACCUGAUCCACGAAGGUAGCCGAAGAGACGAAGAGAACGCCUCUAAUUGUGGCGAGGGCGUCGGCGACGAAUAA